AUGAAGCAAAAGAGAGGAAAGCAAGACGUGAAAAUGCUUGAAUCAGCUCCUCCACAACUUCUCCCAAAAAAGGGUCGGCUUGAGAUUUCUGAGCUUGCUCCACAACAACGGACAAUACGUACUGCGGAAGAAAUUGAAACGGCAUACAAUGAGGCCGUUAGAAAACAUCCUUUUUACGAUAACGCCGAUCACACGAUUGAUUUUCAUGACGCCACUGUAUUCCGUGACGCCAGAGGGGUGGUCGGGGGCGUCUUUUUACCAGGGGCGCUGCCUGCAUUUGCCGCCACCAUGGCAGCCGAUGUGUUGCGACCUGCAGCUGUAAGGACAUCUUUACGAUCGAAUAUGUUUGGUGGGUUCGCACCUCUUAGUGGUAUCGCCGGUUACUUUGACUAUCGCGGAUCUCCAGUGGAACUCAAAUGCCGCAAGACAUCCUUUACAUAUGAAAACGUUCAUUCCUGGCCAAAUGUGUUUCCGAUGAUUGAUUACGUCAGUGCCAUUUACAAAGCUGUUUUCCCGGAACAGUGGGCCGCGCAGGAUGCAGCCGUGCCGGAUAUUGUCCGCAUUCACGGAUCCCCCUUUUCCACCUUGACGGUGAAUCAACAGUUUCGGACCGCCUCACACACGGAUGCGGGUGAUUUUGAUAUGGGUUACGGUCUUCUGGCGGUUCUGGAGGGCAAAUUUGAAGGUCUCUCCCUCGCGUUGGAUGACUUUGGUGUCUGUUUCCGUAUGCAGCCAAGGGACAUCUUGAUUUUUAAUACGCACUUCUUUCAUUCGAAUACAGAGCCGGAGUUGAAUCAUCCAAGGGACGACUGGAGUCGACUAACCUGUGUUUGCUAUUAUAGGGCGGCGUUGGGGGAACCGGCGUGUGUUGCAGAAUAUGAACGACGUUUGGCGCGGGCUAAAGAAAUAGGUGCCUCCCCCCCUCCUGCUGUAGAUGCCAUUUUACAAAAGGACAAUGGCAACAAUUUUAACAAACCCGCACCGACGUUCCCUUAUUUACUCACACCGUUUGGAGGAGCGGCGAGCGUUUGCUCUCUGCAUUGCUGCACCGCCAAGCUCCUGCGGCUACACGAGCUACUGUUAGAAAACCCAACGUUGGAAGUUAUUUUAUUUGGAGAAUCGCUACGAACGGACGAUGGCCUGCCCAGACGUGAAAAGGAGCAACUUAUUUCUGUACACCUUCCUGUGGUUGUAAAGAUGUCUCCCUCCGGUGGGUUUAGUGAAUUGGGAGGGGCGCUAAAGGCUGCCGAGGAGAAGCAGUACUUCUUUGAGGAAAAAUACUUGGCGGAUGAACUCGGUCCAGACCUCAUGUCCAUGUGGACGCAGAGUCGUGCUCACUGGCUGAGGCUCGUCAAGGAGGAUUGGGAGCGUCUCUGUCGAAGGGAUCCAGAACGGACAAAAUUUACCUGGAAUAAUUCGUCUGCAAUGAAUGCGGCCUUUUUUGAUCUCUGUGAGGUGGCAAAGCAGAUGAUGAUUGGACUGCUAAACAAGGAAACACCAUCAUCUGCUGAGAACCACUCCUUUUGGAUUCUUUUUGCGGCACAUUUAAAUUACGCAUGCACCACUGAAAAUGGCAUGCCGCGUGAUGCCGUUGGGAUGCAUAAAUUAAAUGUUAAGCUGAAGGAUUUUCACUUUGGUGGAACCCGGUACUUGAAGGAUAUGCCACCUGAGGAGCAGGAGAGGCGCUUGGAAAGGAAGAAGCGUAUUGAGGAGGCACGCCGUCGAGGUAGCUCAGCGCAUGAAACGCACACGGAUAAUUGGUUGCUAAAUGACACGUUUGAUUAUCAGCAAGAGGACAGAAAGGUGGAAUUUGAGGAAAACGGCUGGAUGACUCCAGAGGCGUAUGUAAAGCAUCUGGGUCUCAAACCAUGUGGCGAUGUCACGGCGGCUGCAAGUCCCACCGAACCUAUUCAUGUUCUUGUCGUCUUGCCAAGACCGGCGGCGGCGGCGACGGCAAAAGAUGCCAAGCGGGAUGUUCCUUUGGCUACAUCUGAAGAAUCCAUCCGUCUUUUAAUGAAUCCGGCCGCGCAGCGUGUGCUGAGAGGAAAGGCCCGGAAUGUCGCCCUUCCUUCCCCAUUGUCGUUUGGUGGUGUGAAAAUCACAGUUCUUUUUGAUGGUGAUGAUAUUGACUGUAUUCAUCCCGAUUUUGUGAUUCUGCAACAUCUCCUUGCCACCAUUGAAGAGGAUGAAGCGGCGAAGGCACGUGUGAAGUAUUGGGCCCGCGUGGCACGCUAUUGCGUGUUUGUCGUGGAGACGGAUGUCAGGGACCGACGUCAUUUUCUCCUCCGUGAGGAAGUACGGGUCGCCUACGAGGAUGUUGCCGAGGACUGCUUUAGAUCCCUUCAUGCGGCGGCGUACUCAACAAAAUACAAUCGUUUGAGAACGACGCCUUCUCUUAUCGCUCUCUGUAAUAGAAAAAAUAUUGGGCUCCGCUUUAAGUUCAGGGGUUCACCCCUAAAUACAAUAGCCCUCGUCGUGGUCGGGGAGCGGUUAGAUUGA